UCCUGGCGAUACUAGUCAACACUGGCCAGCCGAUAAUCAACCAAAUUGCUAAAACUUAUAUUUGUGCGUACGUUUGCAGUGCGCCAAGCAGGCAUUCAUUCCAUUCCAGCUGAUGUGUAACUAAAUUGAGGCCGAUCCGAUUCGAUCGCUUGGACUUUCCGCCGGUGCACGCAAUUCCACGCCCUCGCCACACCGCCCACACUUUCCCCAGAAUCCAGAAUCGAAUCAGAAUGAUUGGAGCGAGAAUCGGAAUCGGAAAGCUCGGGCCCUGUGUGGCCCUAGUUGCGAUUCUACAGCUCCUGCAGCAUACCCAACCGGCCGAUUCCGGAGCCGUUCCCAUGACCAGUGAUAAUAUCGAUAUGACCCUAGCGUCUAAUGAAUUGGUUUUCCUUAAUUUCUAUGCGGAGUGGUGUCGGUUUAGUAAUAUUUUAGCUCCUAUAUUCAGUGAAGCAGCAGAUAAGAUUAAAGAAGAGUUUCCAGAGGCUGGCAAGGUGGUGCUAGGAAAAGUGGAUUGCGACAAGGAGACGGCGAUCGCAUCCCGGUUUCACAUAAACAAGUAUCCCACUUUGAAAAUUGUCCGCAAUGGGCAGCUCAGCAAACGCGAAUAUCGAGGUCAGCGUUCUGCGGACGCCUUCCUUGAGUUCGUUAAAAAACAGUUGGAGGAUCCCAUCCAGGAGUUUAAAUCGCUCAAGGAUUUGGAGAACCUUGACUCAAAGAAGCGCCUUAUUCUCGGUUAUUUCGACCGUAGAGACCAGCCCGAGUAUGAUAUCUUCCGCAAGGUUGCUACAAAUCUAAAGGAGGAUUGUCAGUUCCAUGUGGGAUUCGGCGAUGCUGCUCAAGCCAUGCAUCCUCCUGGCACACCAAUUAUAGUAUUUAGGCCCGACGUUGCCUUGUCUCAUGAGAACGAUGAGACCUACACAGGAAGCCUGCAAACCUUCGAUGAACUUAAGAUUUGGGUCCAAGAAAAGUGUGUGCCGCUGGUGCGCGAAAUUACGUUUGAGAAUGCCGAAGAGCUCACGGAGGAGGGACUGCCGUUCCUUAUUCUCUUUCAUCGGCCCGAUGAUCUUAACUCUAUCAAGGAUUACAAGUCAAUCAUUGAGCGACAAUUGCUGGACGAAAAACAGAAUGUCAACUUUUUGACUGCUGAUGGCAAGCGGUUUGCGCAUCCUCUUCACCACUUGGGGAAAUCGGAAGAUGACCUGCCCUUGAUUGCCAUCGAUUCGUUUAAGCACAUGUAUCUCUUCCCCCACUUCAGCGAUAUGUACUCACCGGGAAAGCUUAAGCAGUUCCUUCAGGAUCUCUACAGCGGCAAGCUGCACAGGGAGUUUCAUUAUGGGCCGGAUCCCACGAAUGAUAUAGAACCUGACCCACAAACCGGCAAAGGUACUUCGCCUCCAGAGUCAAAAUUCAAGGAACUUGGCCCAUCCAAGCAUCGCUACACCCUGCUAGAAAAAGAUGAACUGUAAUAUUAUUAUGUAUAUUAAAAAUAAAAGAAAAUGAUGUAAAAAAAAAUGCACUUAA